UCGCACAGCGGGAUAAUAUUCCGAUCUGAUUCAAACCGACCACAGCCGACGUCGCGAAGGCAAAGUCGGGUCUAAUCGUCAUCGACAUGGGGAUCCGAAAAAAGACCAACAAGAACCCGCCGGUGCUGAGCCAUGAGUUUGUCAUCCAGAACCAUGCAGAUAUUGUUUCCUGUGUUGCUAUGGUGUUCCUCCUCGGGCUCAUUUUUGAGGUCACCUCGAAGUUUGCCGUGUUAUUCAUAACUGUCCAGUACAACGUCACCAUAUCAACAAACGAAGGCCCAGAGGAGACCGCUGUGAACCACUUCCACCAUGGCAUCAAAGACCUCGCCACCAUCUUCUUCUACAUGCUGGUCGCCAUCAUCAUGCACGCCAUAAUCCAGGAGUAUGUGCUGGAUAAAAUCAACAGGAAGAAGCAUUUCUCCAAAACUAAGCACAGCAAGUUCAACGAAUCGGGACAGCUCAGCGCGUUCUACUUAUUCUCCUUCGGCUGGGGCGCAAGCAUCCUCUUAUCUGAAAACUUCCUGUCCAAUCCCGUCACCUUGUGGGAGGGUUAUCCUCACACGCUGAUGCCAUUCCAGAUGAAGUUCUACUACAUUUGUCAGCUGGGCUACUGGUUGCACUCUCUUCCCGAGCUGUAUUUCCAAAAGACAAAGAAGGAGGAUAUUCCACGCCAGCUUGUGUACAUAUUCCUCUACCUGGUCCACAUCGCCGGUGCCUACAUUCUGAAUCUGAACCGUCUGGGUCUGGUCCUGCUCGUGUUGCACUACUUUGUCGAGCUCCUCUUCCACGUUUCCCGCCUCAUCUACUUCAGCAAUGAGAACAGACAGACGGGUUUCACCAUAUGGGCGGUAUUGUUUGUCCUUGGACGGCUGCUCACUCUGUCCCUGUCUGUCCUCACUGUGGGCUUUGGCCUCGCCAACGCUGAGAAUCAAGGCUUUGAUUUGGCUGCAGGAAACUUUAAUGUUCUUUUCAUUCGGAUAACGGUCCUGGCUGCCAUCUGCCUCACUCAGGCCUUCAUGAUGUGGAAAUUCAUCAACUUCCAGCUGCGCCGGUGGAGAGAGCACGCACAGGCUCAGAGCUUGAAAAAGAAACAGGUCCCUUCCAAGAGCAAAUCAAAGAAAGACAAAGCCAACGGCGUAAAUGGAGUAAACUCUCAUGGCGCUGAUUCACCAAGAGCAAGAAAGGAGAAGUCGUCUUAAACACGUUUAUUCCCCUCACCCUCUUUCCUCAAACAUUGGACUCCCUCACAUGCCUCCUUGGCUGCAUCCACCCAACAGCUCUGCCUCCACCUCCUGCUCCUCCACCAUGAUAUGCAUUUCAAGCGCCCCACACAGAACUAAUGGACCUCCUCCCAGCUGGACUACAAGGCCCAGAAUGCAUUUAGCUUUACUUGUCGCCACUCGUCCAGCACGCCUUGAUUAAAGAAUCAUUGCUCUGCUGUGCCAUUUCAAAAGAAUUCAUAAAUAAACUAUGAAAAAAAAAAGACCUUAUUUAAGAAGUGCCUAUUGAUACGGAUUGUUUUGUACAGGGUGUGUAAUUUUAAGAAUUUCAGGAAUGAUGAUAUCAGUGUUUAAUAUUUCUCCCAAGUCAGGUCAUUCAUGCUUUUUUCCUAAACACUGUGUAUUCCAGCUUGUUUUAUUUUUCAUGAAUUCCCCUUGAUAUUGUACCUGCUAGUCUUUUCUGAUUUUUGAGGACAUCAUGUGGAUUUUAUGAAUUUCCAUACAUCUCUUAAUUUCCCAUGCGUGACAUAACAUCAUGUCAUAAUCUCAAUCUUUAAGACAUGACUGGGUUCACACCCCAGACUGUUAAAAAAAAAUCAUGCUGCAAGAAAUUGUUACAAUGUUUUUCUAAAUGGGGAAAAAAAGCAAAGAGUAAAAAAAAAAAAGGCGUCAGCUCAUGGACUGGAUAGAAAACAUGUAUCAAAGUAACCCAGGAAAACAAGAGACAUCACACUGUAAUGCUCUAAGUAAAUUCAAAGGCUAGUGUUCUGUAAAACUGCCCUGUAACCUGAUGUAGCAUUUCAUUUUUGGAGUUCAGAGCAGCUUUUAUAAUUACUAAAGACCAGUUUCAUCACAGGGAAAUUUGAAUCUAUUGCCAUUCUGCCUAUAACCAUUAAUAAGGACACAAUCAUCCCUUUUGUUUGUUUGAUUCAUUUACUGUCUUGUGUGAACCCUCAUCGUUUCUUUUUCAAGUAGAAUUAGUUUUCUGUAUUUGUUCAGGCCUUGCAUAUCAUUGUUUCCCUUAAAAAAUGUCCGCAAGAAUAUUUUGAUGUAAAAGCACGGACUGAUGAUGAAAAAAAAGAUCUUUGUUUCCUCCCUGCUCACUUUGGACUGUGCCGAAUGAACCUGAUUGAUUGACAGUUGAUGUCUGCCUUUUACUUACAUGCCAUAAAAUGAAUUUACAAAGCUA